GCAGUGCACUUGAUGUUCUCGAAGUACAGUUACUCAAAAAGCGAAGGUACAUUGAUUGGUAUUGCUGGGUUAAAGAGUGAUGAGAAAGUGGUUCAAGUUCUACGGUCACGAGUUUCCUGCGACCACUCUACUCCUCACUUCCUCCGUUUGAGUGAACCUGCUGAAAGGCAAAGAAAAUAGUAAAUUGAACGAUACUCCAAUUCAUUUCCGAGGUCUCUUCUAACUGAAAAUUGAAAGAUAAAAAUUAAAAAGAUGUCUCUCACUCUCAGCAUCUCACACACUUUCCCUCAAGUAAAGUGGCCCAAUUUCUUCAAGCCCACCAAACCCACUCUUACCUUCCCCAUUCCCAAUGCUUCCUCUUCCCAUUCCUUAGCCCAACUCAGCGUCGGUGAAGAUUUACCAUCCAACUACGGUGAUUGUCUUCCCAAGCCUCUCCUUCACCUUCGCAGAAGAGCCGGCGUUCUACUCCAUCCGACGUCGUUUCGUGGCCCCUAUGGCAUCGGCGAUCUCGGUCAAGAAGCCUUUCGCUUCAUUGACUGGCUCCAUAACGCAGGUUGCUCCGUUUGGCAGGUUCUUCCUCUUGUGCCACCUGGCAGAAAGGCUAACGAAGAGGGAUCUCCUUACUCUGGCCAGGACGCUAAUUGUGGCAACACGCUCUUGAUCUCUCUUGAAGAGCUUGUUCAGGAUGGCUUGUUGGAAAAACACGAACUUCCUCAACCAAUUGAUGCAGAGCGCGUAAAUUUUUCAGUUGUUGCUGAUAUUAAGGAUCCAUUGAUUACUAAAGCUGCCGAGAGGCUCAUUUCGAGUGAAGGGGAACUGAAAACACAGCUUGAGAAUUUUAAAAGGGAUCCUAACAUAUCAAGCUGGCUUGAAGAUGCAGCCUAUUUUGCUGCAAUUGAUGACAGUUUAAACACAUUCAGCUGGUACAAUUGGCCUGAACCUUUAAGAAAUCGGCAUCUUGUAGCUCUAGAAGAAAUUUACCAACAAAAGUGUGAUUUUAUAAAUGUAUUUAUUGCCCAACAGUUCUUGUUCCAAAGGCAAUGGCAGAAAAUUCGCAAUUAUGCGCAGAGCAAGGGAAUCAGCAUAAUGGGAGACAUGCCCAUAUAUGUUGGUUAUCAUAGUGCAGAUGUUUGGGCAAAUAAGAAACAGUUUUUACUGAACAGGAAAGGCUUUCCACUUUUAGUUAGCGGUGUUCCUCCUGAUGCAUUCAGUGAAACUGGUCAGCUGUGGGGAAGCCCCCUGUACGACUGGAACUCCAUGGAGAAAGAUGGAUACUCAUGGUGGAUACGACGUAUACAACGUGCACAGAAUUUAUUUGAUGAAUUUAGGAUUGACCACUUUAGAGGAUUUGCUGGAUUUUGGGCUGUUCCCUCUGAAGCAAAAGUAGCUUUGUUUGGAAAGUGGAAGGUAGGACCUGGAAUGUCCUUAUUUGAUGCCAUUUUCAGAGCCGUCGGAAGGAUUAAUAUUAUAGCAGAAGACUUGGGAGUUAUCACUGAGGAUGUAGUGCAACUAAGAAAAUCCAUUGGGGCACCUGGAAUGGCUGUUCUCCAGUUUGGGUUUGGAAGUGAUGCUGACAACCCCCAUUUGCCCCAUAAUCACGAAUGGAAUCAAGUUGUCUAUACAGGGACUCAUGACAAUGACACAAUUGAAGGUUGGUGGGAAGCUUUGAACCAAAAAGAGAAAUCCAAUGUAUUAAGUUAUCUUUCAUUAAGUGAGGAAGAUAGCAUUUCGUGGGGGCUAAUCCAGAGGGUACUGGCUUCCGUUGCUCAAACAUCAAUAAUACCUAUGCAAGAUGUUCUUGGACUGGGGAGUUCUGCCCGGAUGAAUAUUCCUGCAACUCAGUUCGGAAACUGGGGUUGGAGAAUUGCAAGUUCUGUGAGCUUUGAUAGCUUGGAGAGAGAGGCAUUCAGACUCAAAGAAAUGCUUUCAAUGUAUGGCCGGCUUUGAAUAUAGAAUCCUUUUUUGAGUGUAAAGCAGAAGAGUUUGCUUUGUCACGGCAGCUUUAGUAGAAAACGCAUGAAUAAGCUUGAUAUUGAUAAAUCAAUGUUGGGGCGUGUUGGUCCCGUAAUUUGAGAAAGUUGGAUGCUUUGAUGGGAAUUUGUAGGCGAUAAUGCAAACUCGAACAAUUUUAAAUGGCAGACAGAAACAGCCUUGCCAUACACACGAAAUUUGAAUCCUGAAAGGUUCACAAUGAACACGCGUGGAUUUUCUCAAAUUAUUUUAUAAAGUCAAACUUUGUUUU